AUGAAGGAUGAAAUUGCUGUUUCGGUGUUCUUCAUCAUGCGGCUAGUGAAGAAGCACGGCCAGUUGAGCAAACGCCAAACUGAGACAUUUGCAUCCAAGCUGAUGAUGGUUUUGUUUGAGAAGUAUAAGAACCACUGGUACCUGGACAAUCCCUCCAGAGGGCAAGCUUUCAGAUGUAUCAGGAUAAACAGUUUUCAGGCAAGAGAUCCUCUGCUGGAGCAGGCCUGCGAGGAGAGCAAUGUGGAUUUCAGUCGACUUGGCCUGCCAAAGGAGCUGACCAUCUGGGUGGAUCCAUUUGACGUGUGCUGCAGGUAUGGUGAGAAGAACCCUCCUUUCACGGUUGCCCACUUUGAUGGCGAGGAAGAGGAGCAGGAUCUCUCGCAACGCAUCAGCCAGGCCGUGGACAAGGUGCUGACCUCCGAUUCCCACUCUGGGACGUCCUCCUCCGACGAGGAGAUCUGCAUGAAGGAGCCCAAGAGCAUCCCGACAGUGAGCAACCCAAACAGUGUCUAUCAGUGCAGCGACUAUUGCAAGCAGCCGUUCCACCUUUGGGCCCAGUAUUCCCGGCGAAAAGCAUAUGCCCCGGAUGGUCUCUCUCAGCACCCUAUCAGCGCCUACUACCUCCAGUACAAGAUGUUCAAGUCCUAUCGGCCAUCAGCAGCUUUCACCGGUCCCCGUGUGGACCGAUACCAUUGGGUCAACAGCAACCGCUAG